AUGACCGUUGCUGAAUCUGGAAUCUCCAUUGCCAUAGAUAGAGGUGGAACUUUCACCGACGUUAUCUACAGAUACUCCAACAAGGAAGAGACCUUCAAGCUUCUGUCAGUUGACCCCUCGAACUACAAGGAUGCCAAUAUCGAGGGUAUAAGAAGAGUCUUGGAAAAGGUCACUGGCAAGGCCAUUCCAAGAGGAGAGCCAUUGGACACUUCGCCAGUCUCGUCCAUUCGUCUGGGAACAACAGUUGCUACAAAUGCCCUUCUGGAGAGGAAGGGAGCCCGUUGCGCUCUCGUAACCACCAGAGGCUUCAAAGAUCUGCUCCAUAUUGGAGAUCAAUCUAGGCCAGAUCUUUUUGCACUCAAUAUCGUGAAACCUGGCGUUCUUUUCGAGAAGGUGAUAGAAGCAGAUGAAAGAGUGACUAUGCCUGCGUUCUUGGUGGAUCCUACCAGUUACGAUGCCAAAGAUAUGAUUGACGGAAAAAAAUAUGUUGAGGGCGAGACCAAGGAGGUCUUCGAGAUCAUGAAGCCCUUGGAUAAAGUGAAAAUUACGCAGGAUUUGAAGAAAUUGAAGUCCGAAGGCAUUGAGUCUGUUGCUAUUGUUUUUAUUCAUGGAUACAAUUUCCAAAGACACGAAAAAGAAGCCGGCGAGAUUGCCAAAUCGUUGGGUUUCAAGAACGUUUCUCUAUCACACGAGCUUCUUCCUGUGAUCAAAGCCGUUCCUCGUGGUCAAUCAACUGUAGUAGAUGCUUAUUUGACCCCCAUAGUCAAAGAUUACAUCGAGAAUUUCUUGUCUGGUUUCAGACAGGACUUUGAAGAUCAUACCAGAAUUGAGUUCAUGCAAUCUGAUGGAGGAUUAUGUUCAUGGAAGAACUUUUCCGGUUUGAGAUCGUUGCUUUCCGGUCCAGCUGGUGGUGUAGUUGGUGAGGCAAAAACCUGCUAUGAUCCAAAUUACAAUACACCAGUGAUUGGGUUCGAUAUGGGUGGAACUUCCACCGAUGUCUCCAGAUACGCCGGCGAGUUUGAGUUUUCGUUCGAAAGCAUAACUGCUGGUAUCAAGAUCGCGGCUCCUCAGCUCGAUAUCAACACGGUAGCUGCUGGAGGUGGGUCCAUUCUGACCUAUAAAAACGGAGUUUUCGCUGUGGGACCAGAAUCUGCUAGUGCUCACCCAGGGCCUGCCUGUUACCGCAAGGGUGGUCCAUUGACAAUCACCGAUGCCAAUCUCUUUACUGGCAGAAUAAUACCGGAGUAUUUUCCCAAGAUCUUUGGCCCCAACGAGGAUGAGUAUUUGGAUUAUGAGAUUACAAAGUCCAAGUUUGAGGAGCUGGCCAAGGUGGUCAAUAUCGAUAACCCAGGGUUUCCCAAGACUCCUCAGGAAAUCGCACUCGGAUUCCUGAAAGUUGCCAACUUCCAGAUGGCGAAACCCAUCAGGGAUCUGACUGAUGCGAAAGGUCACGACGUCUCCAAACAUGCUCUGGCAUCGUUUGGUGGUGCUGGUGGCCAGCACGCUGCUGCUAUAGCCAAGGUGCUCAAGAUCAACAAGGUCUUAAUCCACAGACAUUCCUCGAUUCUUUCUGCUUUUGGCAUUCUUCUGGCGGACGUCGUCAACGAUCAGCAACAACCCGUAGCUGCCGUAUACUCAGAAAAAUCCAGAGACGAGCUAUUGGAGAAGUGCCAGUUGCUCAAGAAGAAGGUCAACCAAGAUCUUAUAGAACAGGGAGUCAGCCCAGAAACCAUUGACUUCAAGACAUACUUGAACAUGGGCUACAAAGGCUCCGAUACCAGAAUCAUGAUAUUACAGCCAGACGACCUUGAUUUUGCUCGUGAGUUUUAUGCCAUUCACGAGCGUGAAUUUGCUUUCAAUGACAUGGACAGAGAUGUCCUGGUCUCGGACAUUCGCGUAAGAGGAACCGGUAAUGCCUCAGAAAAGAUGUCCGAGAGGUCAGCAUAUGAAGACUUCGACAAGAUUCCUAAGAUUGCCAUGGAGAAAUCAGAUUGCAGCCUCAAAACACCCAUCAUCUUCGAUGAAGGCACUCUGGAAUCAGGAAUUUACUUCCUGAACGCUCUCGAAGUUGGAAGCGUGAUUGUGGGACCAGCCUUAAUCUUGGACUCAACCCAGACUUUGCUGGUUACUCCUGAUUCCAGAGCCACCAUAUUACCAAGACACGUCGUUUUAGAGGUUGAUGUCGAGUCCAAGACCACGCUUAGUCAUGACCAUGUUGAUCCCGUGCAACUGGCUAUUUUCGCCAACAGGUUCAUGUCGAUUGCAGACGAUAUGUCCCGGACCCUUCAGAAGAUCUCGGUGAGUGCCAACAUCAAGGAAAGAAUGGACUAUUCGUGUGCUCUUUUCGACAACGAGGGAAAUCUCACAGCAAAUGCGCCCAACGUUCCAGUCCAUCUGGGCUCGAUGUCUGCUGCCAUUAGAUACCAGUUGGAGUACUGGAAGGACGAUCUCAGAGAAGGCGACAUUCUUUGCACAAAUUCUCCCAGCGUAGGAGGAACCCAUCUUCCUGAUAUCACCAUAAUCUCACCAGUAUUUCACGAAGGAAAGAUCCAGUUUGUUGUCGCAGCCCGUGCGCAUCACUCCGAGAUCGGUGGAAGUGCGCCUGGUUCAUCCUCUUCUUAUGCCCGAGAGAUAUACGAGGAGGGUGUGAACAUCGAAACCUGGAAAAUUGUCUCUGGUGGAAAUUUUGAUUAUGAGGGCUUGACCAAACACUUUGUGGAGGGUCCCAGAAGGUACGGAGUUUCUGGAACCAGGAACAUAGACGACAAUCUGGCGGAUUUGCGUGCCCAGAUUGCCUCCAACCAGCGUGGUAUUCUCCUUUUGAAAGAACUUUUCAACGAGUAUGGAAGCGAAACAGUGUUGUUCUAUAUGAGAAACGUCAAGAAGACGGCAGAGAUGGCAGUGCGGAAUUUCUUGAAGACGUAUUCCACCGAGAAUGCUGACAAACUCCCUCUUAAAGCAGUUGAUUAUAUGGACGACGGAUCCAAAAUCUGCGUUUCGAUCGAUAUCGAUGCCAACGAAGGAUCUGCAGUGUUUGACUUCACAGGCACAUCCUUGGAGUCGUAUAGCAAUUUGAAUGCACCACGCUCCAUCACCUUCUCAGCCGUUGUAUAUGCCCUUAGAUGCCUGGUCAACAUGGACAUCCCCUUGAACCAAGGGUGUUUGGACCCAUGUGAGCUCAUAAUCCCGGAAAACAGUCUCAUCAACCCAAGUCCAUAUGCUGCUGUGUGUGCCGGAAACGGAAUGACAUCCCAAAGACUCACCGACUGUAUCUUCAAGGCCUUUGGUCAGACCUCUGCCACUGGUGGAUGCAUGAAUGGCCUGAACUUUGGUACAGGCGGUGAGAACGAGAAGGGCGAGCUGAUCAAAGGAUUCGGCUACACAGAGACGAUUGGCCAGGGAAAUUGCGCUGGAAUCAUCGAGAAGGAUGGCGUGAGAUACGGGUUCCAUGGAUUUUCAGGAACCCAGACCAACAUGACCAAUACCAAGAUCACCGACCCAGAAGUGCUCGAGCACCGUUAUCCAUGCCUGUUGAUUGAAUACUGCAUCCGCGAGAACAGCGGUGGUAUCGGGAAAUUCAACGGAGGAAACGGUCUCACCAGAGAGAUCCAGUUCAACUCUCCGGUCCACCUCUCGCUCGUCACCCAGAGAAGAGUUCAUAGUCCAUGGGGCAUCUAUGGAGGUGGUGAUGGUCAAAAGGGUGAGAACUAUCUCGGUAGAAACAGAGGAAACGGAGUAAUUCAGUGGAUUCAGCUGCCUUCACUCGCAGAGAUUGAAAUGAGAAAAGGUGAUAUCCUCAAGGUUCACACUCCUGGUGGUGGUGGAUUUGGUCGAGUAGACGAUACCGAUGAGUUUUGGGGAUUGACCUCACAGAAAAAUGGAAAGCCAUUCAUUCCUUUGGCGGCAGGAUCUGUUGGAGCCAUGAAAGAGGCUGCUAGCACGUCCCAAUGA